AGGUGAAGGCCUGAUUUUCUGCUAGAAUCAUAUCGCUUACAGCAAGCAGAUUUAGAGGACAUCGCCUUGAGUAGUCAAAUGCCGUCUUAUAGAGAAGAUAAAGCAGAGGACAUACUCAGAAUAAUAAGAAUUCGUACAAAUAAGUAGUGGAAACAAAUUGCACAUUAUAUGUACCUUUAUGCUCUGUAGGAUAAUGAGAUUCCUGGUUUUACCUACCCACGGUCGAAAAGUUAGCUGAAAUGGCAAUGUAUUUAUAAGAAAGUCCACGUUUAGCAAACUUAUAAAUCUGUCAACUUCUUCCCAUUAUGUGGUCCUCCCAAAGCCAGCCAGACAUGGCCCUCAUAGGGGUGAAAUCGGUUCUGAGCCCGAGGCCAUUCUCUGCACCACAUACCAUGGAGAGCUUUUCAGCCACAGGCCACUUAGGUCCCGUGCCACAUAGAAGAGAAAAUGGCGCAGACGACUCCGAGUCGGAUUCCUACGAACUGGAGAGCGAACACGGUGAAAGCUACAUAGACGAGACUGCUAGUCUCAGCAGCGACCAGCUGGAGGAGGCGAGUAAGGGAUCCACAGACCAGUCGAAAGCAAGCAUAGAUUACGGCAGCUUCGAUUGUGGCUCGGGUACUGAGAGCAACAAUGGAGACAUUGGCUGUGGAGAAGAUGCGAGUUCGUUCAACGCUGCUCUCAGGAAAGGGGAGGACAGUGUCCCUCCUGGAAUUCACAGGCUUAGGAACUUAAACUCGAAAGACUCGGCAUUCGGGUCAAGUACAGAGCAGAAACCGCCUUCUCUUGACGAUCAGGCCACAGACUCACUCUCUGAAGGGGCUAUAGACGAUGUCCAAAACACUUGUGCCUCUGAGAACGAGAGUCAUGAUUCCCAGUAUAAACGUUUGAAUCCAAACAACAGCGCCACUGAGAGCCAGAGUAAUGAUUCUCAAGACAAACAUACAUUGAAUGCUAAAGAUUCAAACCAAGACACGAUCAAGGAUGUAGAUUUACCAAGUAAUGAAGGAGAGACAAUGGAUAGAGGUUCAACGUUAAAGUCAGAGAGUUUAACUAAGAAAAACUAUUCUAAAAAUGGCUACCAUGAAACUGUCUUGCUGCAAUCACAGGCCAGCUACCGCAGACCCCUCAUUCCCCCAUCCAUCAUCACAUUUGACCUUUCAACCGACCAGGAAGAAGUGCUUAUCCAACCAGCCGAGAGCCUUCAGGAGACCGUCGACAAGAAGAUCCUGGAAGCCCAGAAGACGGGUCACCUCGAUUUGGCGAACAUAGGUCUACCUUUCAUCCCCUCAGCCAUUCUGCUCUCCGAGAGCUCCAUGAUCCACCGAGUGAGUCUACAAGACAACGGCCUCGUAGAAUUACCCGGGGCAGCAAUGGAACACCUCACUAGCGUGACCUGGCUUGACCUGCGCUACAACGAGCUGCGAGCUCUACCAUCGGAGAUAUCACACCUCACUCGCCUACAGGUCCUUUUGCUUCAGGGAAACCGCCUGACUGCUCUGCCUGUCGUCUUGGGAACGCUGACGGAAAUAACCACCUUGCAGGUAAGCGACAACCCUCUGAGCUUCCCGCCACGUGACGUCAUCAACGGCGGCACGAGAGCCAUUUUGAGCUUUCUGAAGAGCAAGUGUCCGAAGGGAGAGAAACCUCCUACGACGAGCUCCUCGUCUGCACCUCGGAGGAAGGCGAAAGAGGAGGGAGGAGAUGAGGAUGAGGAGGAGGAGGAGGAAGAGGGGAGGGGGGAGACUCCUUCUCAGGGAAAUCACAUGCGGAGGAGAUCGAGCUACGCCAGUCAUCUGAGAAGGAGAAAUUUCGGGCAGCGGAGUCAGCCGAGCGAAAACGUCGACGAGGUCAAAGUCGUCCCUGGGGUUGAAAUACGCAGGGAAGAAGAAGAAGAACAGGUAGAAGAAGAUGAAGAAGAAGAAGAAGAAGAAGAAGACGAAGGAAGAGAAGACGAUGGAAAAGAGAAUAAGAUGUGGGAGAGUGACAGUGAACAUGAAGAGGAAAUGGCUGCAAUGUCAGAAACCACAGACGAGAUGGCAGGCAGCGAAGGUCAUUACAAGCGCCAACGCCCAUAUAGGAGCUCCUCCACUAGCGCAGCUUCUAGCAUGCGCUACCUUUCCGCGUCCCCAAACAGCCUCCAAAUAGCCAUUAAGGAUGGGAGAGAAACAUCAGACCACUUGAACUUCAGAGAAGCCCUGGACAGCGGUCGGGACACUCUGGGCAGACCCCCCAGUCCCAGUUCGCCUUGCCUUCUGACGCCAAACAUCGAAUUUCCCAGGAGACCCCAAUACGACUUGACGGCUGAGCAAAGCCUCGAGGACGAGUGCCCCUUCAAGGACGAGAACUGUCCCUCCUGGACCUGCGACUGUUUUAAGAACUCGUCUCCACUAUCCAAAGACAAAUUGAAGGUCAUUAACAAACUGCCCGACGAAGCCAUUAAGCAAAGACUUCUCAACAGCAUGACGGGAGGUCAAGGUCAGUUUUACCUUCACCAGUGCAUGAUGUUAAACGACCCUCAAGGGAGACAGAGCGCCGCCGCUCAUCGGAGAAGCCUCCACUUACGCCUCCAGAAGGACAACAUUGAAAUUGAGGACGACCUCGAGAGUUUGGAGGGCGACAUCGGAGAAGGAUAUCGACGACCUCACAGCGAGCCUGUGGGGGAUAAGGAGAAGGAGUGCCACAGACAGAUGAGCGCCGAGACUGUGCUGCCCUUACCCAUCGUCAGCCUACAGCUGCCGAGCCCUCACGAUCUGCGAGGCGGGGGCUGCUCCGGGAAAAGAUACAGAAGGCCCCUGGCUAGAAGGACGGGCUUAGACGGACUUCGAAAGAGUAAACAGGGAAUGGCGACAAGGAUGAACGGCAGGGAUGUACAGAAACCUAAGCUGGUGACGGUCAGCGAAGUCCACAGGAGAGCCAGGGAAGAACGCCGGAGGCAGAGAGAGAAACUCGCAGCAACGAGAGAAAUGGUAGCGAGACAGAGACUAAAGAGCGACGAAGAGCUGGAAGCCUGGAGAGAUGAAGCGAGAGAAAUGCAAAUGAGGCAACAGCAGCAUUACAGUUUGCAUCCAGAUUUAUUUUUGCCCGCCGUCUGCGAGGCACCUUUCGCUAUCGAUGGCACUACCCUUACGCCCAGGGCACGUGCAAAGAUAAAGCCGAGAGACCACAAACGAUCGUCGAGUCCUUCCGUGAGCGACGUUUCUGGAGUCUGCGCAGGAGUUCGCAAGUGCCUGGACGAGCUCAGCGACUCGAGCAAGGGCACAAACUCCAAGCACCACGUCGGCGGGGGGGAAGGAAGGGCGUUAUCCCACACCGCUUCCCUGGUGCACCAGCUGAGCCACCUGAGGCGUCAGCUCAACCGCCUGCGGGUUAACUACGUCAUUUAAUGAACUUGUGAAUUGUGUCAAAUAUUGCGCCCACGUCACAGUUAGAUAUGUCAUGAAAGCAUGUUGGGAACUUGUGGAAUACAUGUCACAAACAAGUUGAACAUAAAUUGCCAACUUGUGAAAUACAUGUCACAAACAAGUUGAACACAAGUUGUCAACACAAGUUACCAACUUAUGAAAUACAUGUCACAAACAAGUUGAACACAAGUUGCCGACUUAUGAAAUACAUGUCACAAAUAAGUUGAACACAAGUUGGUGACUUAUGGAACACACUUCCAAAACAACUUGAUUACAAGUUUACAAAUUUUUGGCAGUUCUAACAAAUGCUUCAUAAAGACUUCGGCAAUUUGUGUAACACAUCCCCAACAAGCUGAAUACAAAUCAAUGACUCUUUUGUAAUUCUAACCAGUGUACUUCAUUCUCCAUUCACGUUCGUUGACUUGUCCUCAAACUGUUUGCAAUACAUAGGCAAUAUGUUGCCGACGCGUGUUCAUGACAUAUUUUACUGCAGUGUGGACACUAUCAGAUGCAAAGACUCCCAAUACAAUUUUCAGUCGAUAUAAAGUACAGAAAAUGCAAAAAUGGAAAGCAAAGACCGAACAUUCAUGAAAGCUUAAACUGGGUCCAUACAAUGCCAAAUUAAGCUGCGAGUACUUGGGCAUAGUUUGGGCACUGCGCAGCUUUCUCUGUAUUAUUUUUGUGAUGCUAGAACUCUCAUGACCAGAGACUUUCUCUAUCACAGCAAAAGAUAAAAGAGGGAUGCUGGAAAAUAAAUUUAUAAAUAGAUAAUAAAUAAAAGCCAUAUUCAGAGCAUGCAGGGCUGGAGUAGUGCCUGCCUUUUCUCUUCAGUAUUUGAAACUGUAAAGAUUAAAUCCAGCCAUUUGCGUCAACUUAUUCACGCAGAAAAUGCAGUGCUUCAAGCAGCGUGUGUUUCAAAACGCUUGAAAUCCUGAUGUGCUGAGUGUUUUAAGCUAUUAUUACACGGUUUGAAACCCGUAGGAAGGCACUCUGUAGGCUUUCAGUAACUGUGGCAGCGUCAAGGAUAGGUAAACGAGUGAUUCGUUCAUUCAAAAGAAUUCUACAGGUGUAAUAUAAAAAAUCUCACAUAGCCUUGGCUUGUGGGCAUCAUUUACGCUACCUACUGCGUUUCCCAGCCCAGGUGUGGCCCCUUCAGUGAACUAACUACCAUGUAGGCUGAAUAAUUCACGACUUUGUCGACAGGGGCGCAAAAGAAUCGAACAUGGCGGGCCUAAACCGUUUCGACUCGCUUGGAAUCGAAACCGUGACAUUUUGCUGGAAAAGUGAACAAUUCAACCGGAAUUCAAUCAAAGUUCUGUCAUAUAAGACAAAGUUUAGACCAGAAUUGACAUUCUGAGUUCCUGGAAGAACUGUAGAGUAUGAAGUAGUUCAUGUGCAAUGAAAGUGUUAUAAAUAGUUCAGAUCACGCUAGUUCGAAAAUGGACGCCUACAAAUAUAUGGUUGUUUAAUAAAAACUUAUUAUCACCAUGACGCAAUAGAAAUCAACCUAAUUUAUACAUGUUAAUGAAAGAAAAUUAUGCAGAAUCUUUUUUUAUUAUUAUUACUGUUAUGUUUGGACAACAGCCCUUGCCAGCUGAAACGUUUGUAGCAAAAAAUUAAGAUUUGUUUUCCUUACAAACAAAUGCAUUAGUACGGUUCUAUCUAUCAUAUGUGUUUACAAAUACAGAUGAAUGCCCCGAGAAGAAGAAAUAUGCUAAAUAUAAAAACUAACACUCAACUAUCAAUGUGAAUCUAGUACUGAUAUAAACAGUGGCACACUUAUCAUAUGCGAAAAGAAAUUUUGGAAAAAAAAAAAUUUUCCUCAGUGAUUUGUGCUUCGAUUACUGGUUGCCCUGAAUAUGAAAUAAAUAAGGUUUUUGUUAUUUUCUUUGUUCUGUUUUCCUUGUUUCGAGGACAAAUUUGUCUCUUGUUAGUAUCUUAUGCCUCCACUGUACGAAGGUUAGCUCAGCCUGAAUAAAUUACAAAAAUAAAUAAAAAGCAAACAGAAAAGUUAUCCAAUCCUAAGAUAAAAUGAACGAAAAUAUUAGCUAAUAAAAGAAGAGGCCAAUUAGCUACAAAAUUUUACAUAAAAGCUGUCUUGAGCUGCCUACUAAUUUAAAAAAUAAAAAUAAAUAAACAAAUAAAUACGUGUAUGGACCGUACUUGGACGAGGGUCUGCUGACAUGAGGCCACUUAACCAAUGCAA